CGAAUACUACAUAAACUUCUGUUAUGUUUUCGUUUUUUAUGAAUUAUGAGGUUACAUUGCAACUGCUUUAACACGACCAGCGUUGUUGGUGAGCAAUAUUUCGCGCUAAAAUGUCAUGUUUUGUUUACGUAACACAGGGGCGUGGUCAAAUAAAUGGGUGGGCUUUACGAUGAAAUCUAUUAUUCUGAUUGGACAGACCGGUUAGACGCUCUCGCGUACAUCCUUUGCACGUCAACAUAAAGCGUCGACGAAUCACAGCUCUGAUUGGACGAACCGCUGUCAGUCCUCUUUGACGAUUGGUUUACCUUCUGAAAUGUGGUUAGUCCCUCCUCCAGAAGCUGGCAGGUUUUUCCAACGCCUCUCAGCAGCGGUGCAUCACGGAGGUUUGGAAGCGGGUGGGGAAGACUCGGGCAACGGCUAACCCUAUUACAAUAAAAAUUUGUACUCGGGGUUGGGUUGCCCGGACCAGAUUUCAAACCAUAUACAAUUGUACCUGCUCUCACAUUUCAGCCUGGACCUGACAUCCCCGCUAAUGUCGGAUUUCAAGCUUGGGAUUGUUCGACUUGGCCGUGUGGCCGGGAAGACAAAGUACACUUUGAUUGACGAGCAAGACAUCCCAUUAGUGGAAAACUAUGCUUUUGAGGCACGCAUGGAAGUUGAUGCAGAUGGGAAUGGGGCAAAAAUCUUUGCUUAUGCCUUUGACAUUGGCAAGGGCAGAUGGGCAGGCCGACCACUGCAUGAGUUACUUUGGGAAAAGCACAGAGGUGGCAUUGCUCCAAGUUUCCAAGUAGUUCAUAUAAACUCAGUCACAGUGGACAACCGUCUAGACAACUUGCGUCUCGUUCCAGUGGGAUGGAGUCCCAAACCAGAAGAACUGUCCAGCAAACAGAGAGAGCAGUCGCUGUACUGGCUGGCCAUCCAGCAGGUUCCUGCAGACCCAGUGGAGGAGCAGUAUCUGGAGUUGAGUCGGACACGUUACUACAAUGCCAAUGGAGAACUGGUGGAAGAGGAGGAAUGCUCCUGCACCUACUACGAGUGUCACUACCCACCCUGCUCGCUUAUUGAGAGGAGGCUGAGAGAGUUCAACAUCUGCGGCCGAUGCCAGGUGGCACGCUACUGUGGCUCGCAGUGCCAACAGCGAGAUUGGCCGGCCCAUAAGAAGCAGUGCCGCGAACGCAAACGGGUUCUGGCACUGGAGUCGGAGCCUGAGCGAUGAUCCCCCUCAACCCCAAAUUCAAGAAUGGGGGUCACAGGGGUGUGGGCUGAAACUUUGAGUUCGCAAAAACUGACUGAUAGGGGACAAUAUUGGUGGGUUGGAUCGGCCUAUGGUGGGGUGGGGGGGGGGACACACUUCCCAGAACUUUCACAUCUCCACAGCUUGCCUAUGGGGAUUACGGGAAAUGUAGUUUUAUUUUUUUUAUUUUUAUUUUUUGGAGGGAAGUCUUGAAGGCUCCACCUGCUGCUAUGGAUGCGUGUUUAAUGAAGAAAACACCAUGCCGUCAUAACUCUUUUCUGUGGACUGCAUUUGAGCAUUGACAGUCAUGCGCUCCUUCCAUCCAUCCUCCUGUCAUGAAGUAUUAGCCGCUGGUAUCAAGGGACUAAACUGCUGUACAACUGAUGAUAGGAUGGAAAACGGACCUCUUCACUGUACUACCCUUCCUCCUCUUCCUCUCCCGGUUGGACUUCUUGUGCACAUAACCAAGCACAUAGUCACCCACCUGCCAUUUGUUCUACAAGUAUACAGCCGAUAGCUGUGCAAAACCACACCACGAGUAUUGUGUGUGCAAUGCCAUUAUUGACUGAAGGACAUGGAUGAAGUGGUUGAACGUUUGUCUUGUUUUUUUAUUUUAUUUUUUGCUUUAUUUGUCGGUGGGAAGUUUUAGGGGGGUGGUGGUGUUGGGGAAUAUGUCUACUUUGGGGGCAGUGUCACAAUUUUUGUUUACCCUUGAGUUUUUCAAAUGCAUUACAAUCCUAUGUACUCUUCCCACUCAUGUUAUGUUUAAUUUAGCUUUUCAUAACAAGCACUCAUUUUAGAGGGAUGUCCUGGGAAAACUUGAAAACCCACAUGGAAAGUCAAUUCAUGUUGUCAAUGUGUACUUGUCUAAAGUUGUCAUAUGGGUCCCAGUCAUUCAAUGAUUAGUCUUUUGUCUUAAUAAUCUUAAUGUCAAAGUGAGUAUAACUUAUGAAUUGUGUUUUGUUUUUUUUUUUGUUUUUUUUUUUAAA